CUUUAGCAACCAAGCUUGGAGGAGACCUACUAGCAGCCAAAAUGUAUAUGCAAAGAGAAAAGCAUAAGCUAGACAUCUUCUUAGAGAAGCUAGAUCUAGAUUGGAGAAGAAAAAAAUGCAAAAGUCUGAGACUACAGAAAUUAGCUUUAGCCCUAACAACCCAUACAAAACCAAUAUGGAAGAAGUAA